UUUGUUUCGUUGAGACAACUUAUAGAAUUUCGCAUUCAAAGGUAUUUACUGGGGUUCCUAACGAGUAGUCUAGUCAUAAAUGCAGCGUGUGGUGGCAAGGGGAUAGGAAUUAACACUUUCCACAGCCUACAUGUAUAUAAAGGACUAGGGAAAAUCAUGAGUCUGAAAGGCGAAAUGCAAGGAACCUAUUUGUUUAUCCUUUUGAUCCUGUCAGAAGGUAUCCUCUCACUGAGAGUGAUAACGGAGCCGGAACUUUACGUCACAGUCAACACGAAAGCAACGAUUGUAUUAAACUGUACAUACAUCAUAGAAAACAGCGAGAGUGUCUUCUAUAUAGAUUGGAGAAGGAAACAUGGAACUGACUACAAUACUAUAGUACGAUUUAUCCCCGAUAAACCUGCAAGUUUUAAAGACGAUGGUAUUUACUUGAAGAACAGAACUGAUCUUGUUAACCCUGGACAUGGAUCAAACAGUGUUAUUCUGAAAAUCAAUGACGUAAUGUGUGAAGACGCCGGACAUUACCGAUGUGAAGUGACGUCCUCGGCAAGAUAUGAUUCAAGUGACACAUCUGUGUUUAUCCAAGCGGAUGCAGUACAUCCAAUUAAAUUUACCAUAUACCCAAACGGCAGCUUGGAAGAAAAUGACACGGUGACCUUGUCGUGUUAUGCAAAUGUUGGAAAUCCAGAAGGCUACAUAGCAAUAUGGAGAGUGGACAAGACAUCAACUUCAGCCGUACUGCUUAAUGAGACAAACAUAGUCAGAAGCAAGACUGAGAACUGUACAACUCUGAUAAACGCCACAGUAACUUACACUGUUUCCCGGAAUGACAAUGGCGCGUUUUUCAGAUGUUCUUCACAAAACAGACAGACACUGGGGACAGCACCAAGCAGAGACACAAACCCUAUCAAUGUCCUGUAUGUUCCAAGUAAACUAACGAUUUUCUUGACACCAAAUAAGAAACUGUAUGUUGGGGACGGACUACAGUUAACCUGUAUAUCUGAUGGUAAUCCACCCCCGAGGAUCAAAUGGAAAUUUCAUCCUGAUAACUGCACAAAUAGCACAGAAACUUUUCAAUCUUCUAAUGGAACUCUGAAAAUAUACCAACUCAAACUUGAAGAUUCCGGUGUUUUUUGUUGUUUGGCAUCAAAUACGUAUGGGGAAAAUUACCAAUCCAUCUUACAGAUAUAUAUAACAGUGUGGGACAUAGUUAUCCCCAAACCCACAUGUGCUGCUAGUCCUUGUGGUAUAACUGAAAUCUGCAACGAAACACAUGGCAAGGUUGUUUGUACAGUAAACAAUUGGGUUGCUGUUGCUUUCGUUUCCGUACUUCUAGCGACAGGAUUUUGCGUAACAACCAUAGUGUUACUUUGUCGCCGUAGACAGUUGAAUAAGAAAGCUACUAACGAUGAGGAAUAUGAAGCAAUUAGCAAUCUCCAGUUACAGGAGAGGGAUACUGAGAACGCAAGAUAUGAAGCAUUGAACAUAGCGGCACAAACCAGUACAUGAUACAGCCCGUGAACACUCUUCUAUGCCUUGCUUAUUGCUUACACGAAAUCCAAUGCAUAUUGUAAUGAAAAAUCAGCUUUCGCAUUGAAUUUGUUGUUAACCCGGAUAUGAUAAAUGAAUACUGUAAAUAGCUCUGCAUAUUGGAAUUAUAUCGAUCCUUACUUCUCCUAGACAUGUGUUCCCACCUCUGGUAUUUCCAGGGGUGCGUGUUUACCCUACUCUCAAUUUUGUAUUUCUUGAUACACAUUUAUAAGAUUAAUCACCAUUCAUUAUCUUCACUUUUUCGUCGAAGUAUUUCUAGUGCGUAAUUCGAUUGAUAAUGAACACCAAAAGUAAAUUUCAAUACAUAUUUACAUUGGAUAUAAAGAGAAAUUAGCUUACAUCCCCAAUGUGAACAUAGCCUCAUCAGUCAACACUACAUAGAAUCAUACUCGAGAGUACCUUCAGAGGAAAUGGUAUUUGAAUUUGAUAUCGUUGUGUAAUCAGAGAGGAGCCACGACUCAAGCGACUUUAACACUACAUGGAGCGGACUAGAAGGCCUAGUGUAGGUUAUCCAAUACUGAUAUUGGUGACGUUUUGAUAACUUAUCAUAAUAGUUGCAUACUUCGAAGCAAGACUGUUUUAACGUUUAACACGUCCACCUCUACUUAGUAUGUAUUGUUUUCACGAAUUUUUAUAGCGAUAUAAGUUUUCUAUGAUGGAACUUUUUAUAAAUUUCCUGCACAUCAAUCAUUCUAAGAGAAUUGCUUAACACCUAAGUCAAACUGGUUUGAUUUAUUCGUCCAGUUUCCUUUAUCCUGUAAACCUGACGAACUCACCUAUCUAUUUGUUCUGUUAUAAUACUGCCAAGCCAUCCAUCUCCAUGGUGUGUUAUGAUACUGUAUACCAUCAACAUGUUGUGUUAUAAUAUUAUAAAUCCAUCUAUCUAUA